AUGCUGAGCGACCAACCGUCGCGAACUGCUUUACACGUGGCCCCGCUGGAGAUACCCGCGUCGCAGCCACAGGACGGUGCCAAUGGCUUGUGCCAUCAAGAACAUCAGACGAAUCUCUACUCACAGACCCCUAUGACUCCGCCGGAAACACCCAACGGCUCCCAGGAGGACCUGACGCCGGAGCCUCUCGCCCCGCCCGUCUUUCACAAUUUCCUUAGGGCCUUCUACCCGUUUCACCCCGGCUACGCCUUGUCCGACUCGAGCGUCACGCUGCCACUGGACGAAGGCGAUGUCGUACUUAUACACUCUGUACACACCAAUGGUUGGGCGGACGGUACUCUUUUGGCAACCGGCGCCAGGGGCUGGCUGCCAACUAACUACUGCGAUGCCUACGAGCCCGAGGAUAUGCGGAGCCUUCUGAAGGCGCUUCUCAACUUUUGGGACCUCCUACGUAGCGCAUCAGUAAACAAUGAGAUCUUCAGGAACCAAGAAUUUAUGAAGGGCGUCAUAGCUGGAGUUCGGUUUCUCUUGGAACGCACAAACUGCUUAAACCGAGAAUCGACCAUCAUUCAGCGCAGUGACAGUUUAAGGAGAUGUCGCAAAUCAUUGCUCUCAGAACUCUCAUCAUUGGUCAAGACAGCGAAGAAAACGCAGGAGUGCCAAAAGGGGACACUCCACCCACCGCAGGAUGUCAACGACAUCAUUGACGAGAUGAUACUCAAGGCAUUCAAGAUUGUCACCAAAGGCGUCCGGUUUCUCGAUGUUCUCGAGGACGAACGGAGGGCUCGCGCACCAGCAGCUGUCACUGUCAUGGCCACUGUCGCCGAGGAAUCAUACAUUCCACCUACACCCCCUGCGGAGCGCUUGGCUUUCGACGAUCAAAGUUUGAACAAUGGCAGCGAGACGGCUUCCCGCGGAACGGCCGACAGUGUGGUUGGCAGCAGCGCCACUUCGGAACCCAGCGUUGCAUCACUCAAUCCAUGGAACAGGCGCAUGUCGUCUCUGGGCGGAUCUCAAGGCACGGCGGCACAGAAUCGAUGGUCUCAAGGAAGUCUCCAACAAGUCAACCGUUUGUCCACAAGUAUGGCGCACAGAGUCUCGCUGGCCGGCCCAUCCCCGUUGUCGAGGCCUCAACAUUUGGUAUCGGAGCGCCUCAACCGCAGCCAUGACAAAUUCCUCUCGCACCUCGGAUCUUUCAUUGGGCGACUGCACUUGCAGUCACACUCGCAACCGGAACUGGCACUCGCGAUCAAGCAAUCUGCCACAUCGGGCGGUGAAUUACUGGCAGUCAUCGACGGUGUCUGCGAGUACAACAGCUCUAGUGCCGCGGCGCUCGCUAUUGUCCGAGAUGCCAUGUUUGAGCGCAUUCAGAUCUUGGUCCACUCUGCCAGAGAUAUUUUGGCCAAUGCCGCUACUGAAGGGGCCGACAUAAUCCUGCCACAAGACAACGGGGUUUUGCUCAUGGCAGCCACUGGUUGCGUGAAAGCCGCAGGAGAAUGCGUCGCCAAGGCCAAGGCCGCCAUUGAGAGGGCGGGGGACUUCGAGUUCGAGCUGGAAGAGAACACGCUCGGGAUAGACCUGAGCAUCUUGGACAUUGUCGUGGACGAGCGGGCGAGAACGCCCUCGGUAACGGAUCGAUCGGACCAUAUGGGCAGCGUUGCAGAAUCGUUCCAGACCCCCGAAUCGACUGUUCAGCCUCAAAAGCGGCCGAUCGCACCCGCCGUCGACAAGCCGCUUCCCCAAGUACCCAGAAUCACCAUCCCCGCAGACUCGCACAGUCGUCAAAGCAACUCCCCAGUGUCCUCUCGACCCCCGUCCCUCAACGAGGACAAUGCUUCUAGCGUCGCGUCGUCUGUUUCGUCUAUUCGCCCUGUUCUCCCGCCCCUCCCUGAGGUUUCCACAACACCGCAGCCUCUGGAUCGCGAUGGUUCCGACACGACAACAAUCGAGUCGGACGCCCAUACCUCGAGGUUCGACGCCUUGGCGGCCUCCAGCGCGGGCAGCAGUACCACUUACCUCAGCCGGGACUCUGAAACGAGCAUGAUGUCGCAGACGUCGACGCGAGCGACGACGCCGGAUCACACCUUGGUGCCUCGCAGCCAGCCCUCGAUGUCGGAGCUGAGUACGGCCGGCAGCUUCUCCCAGGCCGAAGAGGCGGAUGACGUCGAAACAAGACUUAUGGAGAGGACAUACGCUCACGAGCUCAUGUUCAAUAAGGAAGGUCAAGUCACUGGCGGAUCGCUCCAGGCUCUGGUCGAACGUCUCACCACUCACGAGUCGACUCCAGACGCGGCUUUUGUCUCGACUUUCUACCUCACAUUCCGACUGUUUUGCUCACCGGUCAGGUUGACGGAAGCGCUCAUCGAACGUUUCGAUUACGUUGGAGAAUCGCCUCACAUGUCGGGCCCCGUGCGUUUGAGGGUAUACAAUGCUUUCAAAGGCUGGCUGGAAUCCCACUGGAAGGAGCAGACUGAUCGAGACGCACUACAGCUCAUGAUUCCCUUUGCGGAAGGAAAGCUGGCUUCGGUUCUGCCAUCAGCGGGACGCCGCCUGUCCGAGCUGGCCAAGCGUGUCUCCGGAGAAGGGUCUCUGGUGCCGCGGCUUGUCUCGUCAAUGGGAAAGACGAGCACGUCCAUUGCUCAAUUUGUCCCGGCUGAUAGCCCCGUGCCGCAGCCUAUCAUUUCAAAAAGCCAGCAGAAUUUGCUUACGUCCUUCAAAAUUGGCAGUGGGAUGCCAACCAUCCUCGACUUUGACCCUCUCGAGCUGGCACGACAGAUCACUCUGAGGCAGAUGGGCAUUUUCUGCUCCAUCCAACCGGAAGAGCUGCUUGCAUCGCAGUGGAUGAAGAACGGUGGUGUAGAUGCACCACACGUCAAGGCUAUGUCAGCGCUGUCGACGGACUUGUCGAAUCUGGUGGCAGAGACCAUCCUUCAGUACACCGAGAUCAAGAAGCGAGCCGCUGCCAUCAAGCAGUGGAUCAAGAUCGCCCAUAAAUGCCACGAACUGCACAACUACGACGGGCUCAUGGCCAUAAUUUGCAGCCUGAACAGCAGCACGAUCAGCCGCCUUCGCAAAACCUGGGACGCGAUUUCUGCAAAGCGAAAGGAGGUGUUACGCGCACUGCAGGAGAUCGUGGAACCAUCUCAGAACAACAAAGUUCUGCGGACGCGACUACACGAUCACGUACCUCCUUGCCUGCCCUUCCUCGGCAUGUACCUCACGGAUCUCACCUUUGUGGACAUUGGCAACCCCGCGACGAAGCAGAUGUCCCUGGGCACCCAGUCGGAAGAGGACAGCACGGGCGGCUUGACGGUUGUCAACUUUGACAAGCACAGUCGCACUGCCAAAAUCAUUGGCGAGCUGCAACGUUUCCAAAUCCCGUAUCGGCUGGUGGAAGUGUCUGACAUGCAGGACUGGCUGGCCGCUCAGGUGCGGCGUGUGCGCGAAGGUGACCAAGGCAACGUCCAGGUCACUUACUAUCGCAAGAGCCUGCUCCUGGAACCCCGCGAGAGCGCUUCGCGACGCGAAGCCGAGCCGCCUACACCUGUUUCAACUGGUGUUGGCAGCUCUCGCACCGACUUGUUUGGCUGGAUGUCCCGCGACCGAAGCGGACAAACCGCUACACCAGCACCCGUAUAG